CUCUUCCACACCUUACAUCAAGAGCUAUGACUAUCACGGCUCAUCGGCAGCUCUGGCCAGAAGAAGCGAAGCGGUGGCAAUGUAGAGGCUGGUAGAUCCGCCAAGAGACCCGCGCAGGACUCGUCGGCGUGAGGCAGGCAGGCGAGGGAGAAAUGGUGGAGUAGGUGUGCUCUCGGCCCGGUGCUCCGCUUAGGCGUGGCAGUGACACAAUCAGUGGGAUGCAUCGACACCUGCCUGGGUCGCUCCAAAUGCUCCAAGGCAGAGGCUAGUGAACCUUCUUCUUAAAGAAGGGGACCUCGGGCUCUAUUUCCUCCGACCUCUCCUUCCUCACCACCCUCUCUCUCUCUACACCCACCCACCACCUAAGCCUACCUGCCCCACCUUACUCGAGUUUACUCUCCGUAGAAUAGUACAUAGCCCCAAGCCUAAUCCCACUACUCUAUCAUAAUUUCACCAUGAAGCUGCUCACACUCGUAUCCAUCGCCCUCGCACUGGUCAGAGCCACCUUCACCUCCGCCGCUCCCUUCGAAGCACGCGAGGUACCUGGGGUUAUCGGUACUACUUGGACCUCCAAGGAUGGGACGACUGGUGGCUCUGCUCUCAAUGCCACGACACAGUAUCCGGACCAUGAGCAGGACAUGGACAUGGACACUGAUAUCGAUCGCGACUCGGGAUUCAAGUACGGCCGCGUUGGCACUACUCUUCCGGACGAGAUUGGCACCGUCGAAGAAGGACAAGUGAGUGUGGAGAAGAUGCCCAAGAAGACACACGGAGACAAGAACGAGUCGAAGAGCGACAAAGACACCUCCAAGUCCAAGGUCAAGUCGAAGUCGAAGACCAAGGGCGCCCACAAGUCCAAGAACGGCAAGAAGUCUUCUAGCUCCCGCAAGCACACGCAAAAGACUUCCGACCCCUACGCCACUCCCUGGCGUGCCAGUGUCCCCGACAAUGAAGCUCGCACUUUUGAGACCUACGAUGACGGACCUAACACAGCUGCUGCUAAGCAAGACACCAAGUGGAGAGAUCAAGUCGUCACCCUGACCCUCACGGAGCGAUACUCCUCGACGGCUACCGCCACGGAUGUCGUCACGGUUGCUGUCGAGACGGUUCUUCAUGAGAAGUCUAAGGCUAGCAAGACGAAGAAAGCUGAUCAGGACGCAGAGGCUACGCUGUCUGAGUCUGGUGAAAAGGCAGAGAAGUCUACUGUGGCAAAGACGAAGGCGCACCACGUUCACCACAAGCACCACACUACUGCCACCGCCAGCGCUACUUCCAAGUCUAAGUCCAAGAGCAAGGCCAAGGACAAGGUCAAAGCCAAGCCCAAGGCAUCCUCAGCUGUUGACGAUGACGAAGACGCAGAGGCCGGAGAGAAAGGCGCCGACGCCGACGCCGACGCCGGAGCAGCUACCACGGUGUACAAGACUCGCUACACGACGAUCACCACUGUCACGACGGUACCUGCCCAUGCUACUCCUGACCACAAGGCCAAGUCAAAGUCAGAGUCAAAGUCGAAGGAGGAUGAGGACGACGACGAAGAGGAGUGAGGAGAGAAUCGGUCUCAGGGUUCCCUCCAACCAAGGCCUCCGCUCCUCCCAUCACCAUCGUCUUCUCUCCGCGCUCAUUGCCCCUCUGGGUGUCCUUUCACUGCUUCUCUCUUCUCCAUGGAUUCCUCAUCACUUCCCAUUUCCCAUCUUGUUGUACAUCUAGCAUCUUUGCAAUCCAUUCUAUCUACUGUUUCAUG